AUGUACAAAAUUCACCGGUAUCUCUUGCAUUUGGUAACAAAUGAGCUCAACGACCAAAUUACAUCAUCGACCUUGUCUCCAGGCCAUGCAAAAGACGAACUGCCAAAGGUGGAAAAAUGGUGGGGGUUUGUUGAUCUUUAUGAGUACGAUGGCUUUUGGUACAGAAAUGAUUGGUUGGAAGGAGCCAUAGCUGCUAAAUCAAAUUUGCAGGCUCAAGACAAUGAUGUUUUGCUUUCAUCUCAACCAAAAUCAGGGACUACCUGGCUUAAAGCUCUUAUGGUCUCCAUUAUGGGCAGUCAUGCUGCUCAGACUUUCAACAAUAUCAAUGAUGCCAAGGAUCAGUAUGACCUUUUGGAAGAAAAUUUUCCUCACGACUUGAUUCCAUCUCUGGAGUCACUAUGGCACUGGGAAAUUUUUUCGAACCCAUUAAGAGCAUCAGAAAACCCAAUACAAUGCCCAACUUUAAAAGGUCAACCAAGAUUACAUCAAACUCAUGUACCUUAUUCAAUGUUGUCUGAAUCGGUCAAAAACUCAGGUUGUAAGAUUGUAUACAUUACUCGAGAUCCCAAAGAUGUACUGGUGUCACUAUGGCACUUCCUCAAUGCAGCUAAGAAACCCGAGGUGCCGCCAUAUUCUAUGGAAGAUGCCUUUGAUAGUUUCCGUAAAGGAGUUCACGCCUCUGGACCUUUCCAUGAUCAUGUUCUUGGCUACUGGAAAGAAAGCUUAGCCAGGCCUGAUAAGAUACUCUUUCUGAGGUACGAGGACAUGAAAAUGAACCCCAGAGGUGAGGUGACUAAGCUGGCUUCAUUUCUUGGUCGCCCUUUUAUUAAUGAUGAUGAGGCUGAUAGGAUUAUAUCGAGAUGCAGUCUUGAAAGGCUCAAAAAUAUGCAGGUAAACAAGGAAGGAUGUACAUUCAAUGGGAUGCCUAGGAGUUCCUUCUUCAGGCGUGGUGUUGUUGGGGAUUGGAAAAAUCUCUUUACACCAGAAAUGAAGGAACGUCUCGAUGAAAUCACUCGCAAGAAAUUUCAAGGGUCUGGUUUGGAUAUAUACUAUCCUUAAUCUAAUCAAACUAGAAAGGCAUGCAACACCAAUUUCUCUUACAUACA